AAAACAUCAUGUAAUCAAAAAACUUUACUUGAGUCUUUUAAAUAUAAUGAAUCUUCCAAAUAUAUAAUUAUUUAAUAAUAAAUUGCAAUAUUGUAAAAUGAGUAACAGUAUGAAUGAAUAUCUGUUCGGGCGAGUGAAAAACUCGUUAAAUAAGCAAUAUUAUAUUAUGAAUAAUUCUUGGCUAGCCGAUUGUAUCGAGUAUUAUUUAAAUGAUCACGAAAAUCCGACACAAGAUGAAAUUAUAGCAUUUGUUAUGAAUCAGUGGGUGCUUUGCGAUUUAAGAGAAGUAAAUAAUGAAAAUGGAUGUUUACCAAAAAAUCUUACAAAACAAAAAUGUAUCACACUACCUGGCAGAUAUAUUCUACAGAUGGAAAAAAUGUACGAUAUAUCAACAUCUAAGUAUAAACAACUUGAAAAAAUAAAAAAUAUAUCAUCUGAUAAUAUUGAAACUACUGAAAAAGAAAAUGGAUUGCAAGAGGAUAAAUUUCAGAACUGGGAACCAAAAAGUAAAAGAAUGUUGCAAUUAUUUUUAACCGAUGGUGUUCAGGAUAUUUUAGCUAUUGAAUACAAAUCUAUAAAAUCUUUAAAAGAUAACUUGUAUCCUGGAUUCAAGUUGAUGAUUAAAGGACCUGUUACUUGUAGAAGAGGAGUAAUAUUAUUAGAAGAAGCUAAUAUAUCGGAAGUAGGUGGAGAAGUUGAUAGCCUAUUAAUUAGUAAUGCUGUAGAAAAUGUCUUCGCUAGAGCUUUAAAUAUGGCAGAAAAUUCAGAUCCAUAUAAUGAUAACAAAAAUCUUUAUAACAAAGAAACUAAAGAUAAUUACAAUAUUCAUAAAACAAUUGAGUUAGAAGAUGAUUUUGAUUUGGAUUUGGAAGUAUUAGAUCAAAUAGAAAAACAAAUUCAACAACAGGAUUCCAGUAUUAAAAAUAUUUUAAAUACUUCUAUUAAAAAAAAUGAACAGAAGUCAAUAUCUACAUUUCCUAAUAAUAUAAAUAAUUUUCAAGGACAAACUGUUGAUAAUACUAUUAAAACUCACAAAUUAACAUCUGUGUCAAAAAAUCAACGAUAUAAUUCCAAUAGUAAUUUAAAUCUCCAUUCAAAUAAAUUAGAAAUGCAAAGUGAUAAAUUCGAUUUUCAAAAUAAAAUAAUAAAUAUUGAAGAUAAUAAUUCAUUGUUAGAAACGGAUGAUGAUCAAAUAUUUGAACAUUUUUCUGCAUCAAAUCGUAUUUCUGUAGCGUCAAGCUCAUCUAAAAAGCUAUCAUCUUCGUUGCAAUUGACUCCAAAUCAAAAUGAAGAUGACUUUCCAAUGGAUAAUGAAAUAUAUGAUGUAAAUGAAGAAAGUAGUUCAUUUUUUAAAAUGUCUAAAUCAGAAAAUGAAUUUCCGAGUAUAAGCGGAACUUUAUUUAGAAAAAGCUCAAAUAGUCAACAUAUAGGAAAUAAUAAAAUUUUGACUUGUAAAAGUAGCAAGUUGGAACAAAAAGAUACUUCAUCAAAAAGUACAUUCAAUGAGAAUUCCAACAAUGAUGUAAAUAAAGCAAAUUUAUCUUGGAAGUUAGGAUUAUCACUGCAAUCUAAAAAUAUUUUAACACCAUCCAUAAGCAAUCUAUCUGAUUUUCAAGAUAAUGACUUUGAAAUGGAUGAUUUCGAUGGGAAUAAUGACAAAGAUAAUUUUUUAAAUAAAAAUGAUAAACUUGAAACCAAUAGUCAUAAAUCUAGUCAAGCAUCAUUAAGCAGUUUAUCAAAAUUAAAUACGAAUGCAAUUAUGGAAAAUUCACGUAUUUUAUAUUGUACUAGAGAAAAUUCAAAUGAUCAAUCUAGUGAAAAUAAAUGUGAAGAAUAUAAUUCAUUACAAUUGAUGGAAAAUGAUUUUGUAAGUGAUUUUGGUAAUGAAUUUGAAAAGGAAAUGGAUGUAGAUAAUAAGUUAUCUACUAAUCAACAAAAAUUAUAUAAUUAUAAAAAGUCUGAAAUUGAAAAAAUCGAAUCUUCAACGGCUACAUCUCUGGAUCAAAUUACCUAUAAAUCAACAGUAGAUUCAACGAGUAUUAAAAGAUUAGCAAGUCUAUCACCUGAUACACAUGUACCACAAAAGAUACGCUGCCUAAAAAAUUCACCAAAAAUCACUGACUAUUUAACUAAACCAACGUUAUUAAAUGAGGGCAUUCCAAAAAUUUGUGAAUUUAUGUGUGAGAUACUAAAACAACCAUUAAUGGAUGAAUCCAUACAAACAGUAGUAAGAGGGAAAGUUAUUAAUAUUGUUAAAUUAAACUUAUUAAAAGGAGACAAUGGAUCUUAUUUUUAUUUAGAAGGUACUAUUACAGAUUAUACUGCAAGUAUAGAUGUUAUUUUUUCGUCUAAGGUAUUAGAGAAUAUUAUUGGAUAUACAACUAAUGAGUUUAGUCAAAAAAGAAAACAGAGUAAAACGGAUUCUACUAUUAAGGAUCAGUUGAGAGAGGAUUUAAAAAAAGCUCAACAAACUUUAAAAGUUAUGGACGUAUUUAUGGAAAUAGAAUUAAAAAAAAAUGUAAAAACUAUCGUUUUAAAUACUGCAGAAAUGACUAAAGAACAAAAGAAAUUUAUGGAUAAUCGGGUACAAUUAUUGAAAAAAUGAAAUUUUGUAUU